AUGAAGUUCUCCGCCGCUUUCACCUCCCUCUGCCUUGCCGCCGUUGCUGUCGCUCUCCCCGCCGAGAAGCGCGCAGACAGCUCUACCAGCGCUGCUCCCACUGUGACGGACAUUCUGAACUAUGCCUUGACCCUCGAGCACCUUGAGAACGCCUUCUACGCUGAGGGUAUCAAGAACUUCACUCACCUGUCCUUCAUUGAAGCUGGCCUCCCCGGUUUUGCUGCCGGUCGCUUCUCCGAGAUUGCCCAGCACGAGGCUACCCACGUUCAGUUCCUCGCUGGAGCUCUCGGUGAAAGCGCCACCCAGGCUUGUAACUACAACUUCCCCGUGACCGACGCCAAGUCCUUCGCCCAGGUCUCUUACCUGCUCGAGAACGUCGGCACCUCCGCGUACUCCGGCGCCGCCCAGUACCUCUCGGGGGGAACGCUGACCGCAGCUGCCACCAUCCUCGCCGUCGAGGCCCGCCACUCCGCGUGGGUCAACUCUGCCGUCCUCAAGGCCAACCCGUGGAACGGCGCGUUCGACACCCCCCUCGACCUCAACCAGGUCUACACCCUCGCCUCGGGCCUCAUCACUUCGUGCCCGUCCUCGAACCCGACGCUGCCCGUCAAGGCCUUCCCCGCCCUUACCUUCGGCUCUGACAUGACCGCCGGCAAAGCCACCACUGUCUCGUUCAACGGCUCUGACGCAAGUAGCGCCGACGGCACGUACGUCGGAUUCAUCAGCGGCAUGAACACGACCAUUGUCCCCGUCCAGAACGGCCAGGUCACCAUCCCCGACGGUCUCAUGGGCGUCGUCUACGCCGUCGCGACCUCGAGCGAGUCGAUGACCAGCGACAACGUCACCCUCGCCGGCCCGGCGUUCCUCUCCUUCGACUUCGGGCCGAACGGCAAGCCUAUUGGUCACUGGUUGUUGUGAGAAGCCGGGUGACCUUCUGGACUAUACCUUUACUUUAUUUGCAUACAUUUCGCCAAAACUGCAGUACUAAUGUCUGAUCGCUUGUACUUACGGACUUUUCGUAGUAAUACUUGACAUGAUCUCGUGUUUCAACUAGUCUCAAUACUCGAUCAAGAAUGUGCCGUGUUAUGCUGUUACAACU